UGCGCGCUCACGUACAACGCGUGGUUCUUUCACAUUGCCGUAAGUAGGGAAGACUAGUCCGUCGUUUUAAAGGUUCCAGGGGUUCUUUUACAUGUUUUAAUUGAGAUUAGCCACUCUGCGUCUUAGACUGAAGCCUGUUUGGUCUAGGGGUGGAGUGGAGAGUGCGAGAGGCUCCCGCUGGAAGCACACACAUCGUUCGCUGAUCAUUGCGGUGGAUUUGAGGGGUGUUUGUUAGAGGAGAAAUGGCCACUGAGGUGGAGACUCUCCUGCCGAACAACUCGCUGCUCAAGCCGGAGGAGCUCGAGCACCAGGCCGGCGGAGACGGAGGGUUUGUGGGGAAGGAGCAGAGCCUGAAACGGGCGAAGGACGAGAGCAACAGCCAGGCGAAGGAGAACCUGGAGCAGGAGAGCGAAGACGACGCGUGUAAGACGGAGUUCACCGAGGCUCCGCCGCCCAAGGUGAACCCGUGGACGAAGAAGAUGAGCGGCGUCAACGGACAAGCGCUGCACGAGCAUUCUGGUCCCACGAAGGUGGUGAAGGCCGGGAACACGCGAGCGAGGCGCGGAGGAAAGGUGGGGGAUUUCGGAGACACGAACAACUGGCCGACGCCUGGAGAGAUUGCAACGAAAGAAGUCCAGGUUGUGAAGAAGUCAGCGGUGAAGCGAGAGUCCAAGGGAAAGAGGGAAAAUGAAGAGAGCAAAGAAAACCUCAAAGCCAAGUCUGACGACUCUGGAGAAGAGAAAAACACGGACGAGGAGUCGCAGAAAAACGGACACAAAAAGAGAGGAAAUAAGCACAAGUGGGUUCCUCUGAUGAUCGAGGUGAAGUCUGAGGGUCCGCGCGAGCGCUCGGCCUCCAGGAACAACACGCGCCAGUUUGAUCACCGGAUCCCUCCGGGCGGCAGGAACGACCUGAGAGAUUGGCACAGUGGGAAGUACGAUCAGGAGUUGAGGGAUGACCAUGACGAGGUGUCGAGUGUGAAGAGCGAGGGAGCGCCGUACAGAGCCGGGGCCCGGGGCCGAGGCCGGGGUCGGGGCCGAGGAAGAGGACGAGGAAGAGGCCGAGGUCAUUAUGACUACUACGGCUAUAAAGGCUUUGAUGGCAAGGAUGGAGCCUGUGGUCAGAAGUUCAACAGCACAGUGACUUACUAUUAUGACAACAUGAGCAGUAACGACCUGUACACUGUGGACCACGACCUGCUCAAGGACUACAUCAAGAGGCAGAUCGAAUACUACUUCAGCAGUGACAACCUGGAGAGGGACUUCUUCCUGCGCAGGAAGAUGGAUGAGGAGGGUUUCCUUCCGGUGUCUCUGAUCGCCAGCUUCCACCGCGUGCAGGCGCUCACCACCGACGUCAGCCUCAUACUGGAGGCCCUGAAGGACAGUAAAAUAGUGGAUAUCACGGAUAUGAAAAUCCGCUGCAAGGAGGAGCCGGAGAAAUGGCCCCUGCCGGGCCUCGCCUUGCCCGACCAGUCGCAGACAGACUUCUCCCAGUUCAUCAACUGCCCGGAGUUUGUUCCCAGGAACGUUGUGGACAAACACACAGGCUCCCCGAGAUCCUCCACACCGCAGCACCACAAGACUGAUGACGUGAGCAACCUGAAGCUGAUGCCCAAGGGCCUGUCCGCCAGCCUGCCGGAUCUGGACUCGGAGUCAUGGAUCGAGGUCAAGAAGAGGCCGAGGCCUUCACCCGCCCGACCCAAGAAAGCAGAUGCGGUGCGUUCGCCCGCUCAGACCGGCCCGGCGUCAGGCGAGGAGCCGGACGAGCCCGAGGAGCUGGACUUCAUGUUCGACGAGGAGAUGGAGCAGAUCGACGGCCGGCGCAACACUUUCACCGACUGGUCGGACGAGGAUUCGGACUGUGAAAUCGAUGAUCGAGACGUCAACAAGAUCCUGAUCGUGACUCAGACGCCGCCGUACCUGCGCAAGCACCCAGGAGGAGACCGCACGGGGAACCACACCUCGAGGUCCAAGCUGAGCAGCGAGCUCGUGAAGGUCAUCAACGACGGCCUGUACUACUACGAGCAGGACCUCUGGGACGACACGUACGAACCGGAGUACGCCAUGAUCAAGCAAGAAGUGGAGAACUUCAAGAAGGUGCACCUGAUCAGCAGAGAGGAGUUCGAGUGCCUGACCCCUGAGCCGCCCAUCGACCCCAACCAGGAGGUUCCCCCGGGCCCGCCCCGACCCCAGCAGAUCCCCACGGAGGCCUUGGCCAACAAGCUGUUCGGCGCCCCAGAACCGUCGGCCAUCGCUCGCUCUCUCCCGACGACAGUGCCUGACUCGCCCAACUACCGCAGUGCCCGAACGCCCCGGACCCCCCGCACCCCCCGCCUGAAGGACCCCACGCAGACGCCACGCUUCUACCCCGUGGUGAAGGACGGCCGGCCGCUCGAUGCCAAGACCCCUCGCAAGAGGAAGACGCGACACAGCUCCAACCCGCCCAUGGAGUGUCAUGUGGGCUGGGUGAUGGACUCGCGAGAGCACCGCUCGCGCACCGCCUCCGUCAGCUCGACCGCGAGCCCGUCGGAAGGCACCGCAGCGAUGGGGAACUACGGCUGCACGCCUCAGUCUCUCCCCAAGUUCCAGCACCCGUCGCACGAGCUCCUGAAGGAGAACGGCUUCACACAGCACGUCUACCACAAGUACCGGCGGCGCUGCCUCAACGAGCGCAAGCGUCUGGGCAUCGGCCAGUCUCAGGAGAUGAACACGCUGUUCCGCUUCUGGUCCUUCUUCUUGCGGGAUCACUUCAACAGGAAGAUGUACGAGGAAUUCAGACAGCUGGUGGUGGAGGAUGGGAAGGAAGGAUACAGGUACGGCCUGGAGUGUCUCUUCAGGUUUUAUAGCUAUGGACUCGAGAGGAAGUUCAGGCCGGACAUAUUUAAAGAUUUCCAAGAGGAGACCACUAAAGACUAUGAAGCAGGCCAGCUGUAUGGACUCGAGAAGUUUUGGGCUUUUCUUAAAUACUCGAAAACAAAGAACAUGGAGAUCGACCCCAAGCUGCAGGUGCAUUUGAGCAAGUUCAAGCGUCUCGAAGACUUCAGAGUGGACCCGCCCAUGGAGGAAGGUGGGCGUAAGAGACACUCUUCCAGCGGAGAUGGCCGUCGCCGUCACCCUUCCCAGCAGUCCAACCGAUCCCAGAACCAGGUCACUUCAGGCUCCGCCCCCCUGGCUGGAGCUCCUCCCACCAGAGAUGCUGCUUCAGGCUCCGCCCCGCCGGCUGGAGCUCCUCCCACCAGAGAUGCUGCUUCAGGCUCCGCCCCCUCAGCUGGAGCUCCUCCCCCCAGAGAUGCUGCCAACACCCCGAGCCAGCGAACCGCCUCAGACGGCAAGCCCCCGAAGUGAGCGUCUCAUGGGCCGCGGGUCCGACCGCCCGAACACAAGCAUGACACAGCGGCUCUCCAACGAACGGCUCACGAUUGUCCAAUCUAGGCUCUUCCAUCUUCCCCUCGGUCACAGCAUUGUGCAUCAGAAACGGACAGCAGAGGGCAUGAGAAAUACUUCCAUUCUUCGUUUUAUUAAAGACUUUGAAGUUUUAUUCCUGUUGUAUCAUUGGGGUACAAAAAGGCUUUUGUUGAAUCUUUCUGCUCUAUAAUCCUCAGUGGACUCACUGUUUUAUUUGGCCGAACGACGCGUGAUUCCACCAUGAUCUUUUUUUUUUUCUUUCCUUGUUAGAGAUCGUGUUGAACGAUGAUAAGAUUGCUCUUGACUAGACUAGGUACUGGAUGAGGCAAACCCGUAACACAGAAAAUAAUGCAAAUACUAUAGAUCUGCAGUUGUUUGAGCGAGAUGAUUUUAUGUUACCGUUUUUUUUUUUUCGGGGGUGGACGCUAAA